AAAUUAAGCGGGGAAAACAACCGCGAUGACGACACCGGAGCCUACAGCCCUCGGUCCCGCACUGCCGACGGGGCGGUGCAGGUAGCGAGCCCGCCCCGGAGCUGCGGGGAGGCCGUGCUGUGCUGCACCCUGCCCUGCUGCCGGCCCACACCGCUCGCCUCGGGGGAGGAAGGUGUUGGGGGAGCGGCGAGGUGUUGGUGCUGACUAUCCGCUGGGUACCCGCUGGUGAAGGGCUCUGCUUCGAUUACCGACAGCACUUGGAGGCUGGACAGCUGAAAUACCUGCUGUUUUGUUAGGGGCGGUGUUUACGUGGACAGAAAGCGAAGUGUGCUCCACUGAAAAAGAAAACAAACAAACAAAAAAAAAAACAGGUGGAGGGUAAGAUGGAGGAAGCAGAAGAGGAUGACAUGGCAUGUGGAGACUUGGGGAAUGGACUUGGGAGAAGACCUGGAGGUGUUUAUGAGGGGGAAAAAUUACAAAACUAUUCGUUCAGAUCUAAGAAGGUAUCUGUGAAGGCUCACAACACACUGUCAUCAAUAAAAGGAGUGGAAGAAAAUGAUGCUACCCCUCUUCCCUGUUCCAAAAGAAACAGCUUUCAUGAUGGAUCGCCCAAGAAGCAUCUGUUGAGUCCAGCUCGACAAAGUAGCUGUGAAUCCACUGCUGAGGUGUCAAAUGAAGAACUAAAGCAACAGCUGCAAGAAGCUCUAGAGGAAAUUGAACUGCUGAAAGUUGAGCUUGAAGCUGCCCAAAGAAAACUUGAAGGAAAAGAUGAAGCCCUACGAAUUCUGCAGAGCAUGGCAGUAUUUAGUAAAGCCACUAGUCAUACAAAAGCAAUGCUUGAAAAAACUGAGGAAGAAAAGAGAACUUUAGAAAAGGAAAUCAAUAUUUUGCAGUGGGAAAUUGAAUUUGAUCAGGAUAGAUUUAAAAACAUAGAAGACACAUGGACAGAAAAAUAUGACAGGAUAUACUGUGAAAACACAGCUCUUAAGGAAGCACUGAAACUGAGAACAGAAGAAGUUAAAACUCUUAAAUCUGAAAAUGCAAUCUUGAAUCAGCAGCACUUAGAAUUUCUUGCAAUGCUUGAUGUGAACAAGCAGAAGAUUGUUCAGGAGAACAUGUCUAUUGAUAGAAGAGACAUCACAGAUAUUACAGGUCUUGAACUGGCAGUUCUUGGAGCCUGCACCUGCAGUACUUCUGGGGGGCAGCCUUGUUCCUGUGCUAGAAUGGCAGCUGUCACUCGAAAGCAAGUUCUUCAUCUCAAGCAAGAGAUGGAACUUCUGAUGAAGAGUAAAGAUGAAGCUUAUGUAAUGGCAGAUGCCUUCAGAAUUGCAUUUGAGCAGCAGCUAAUGCAGAGGAAGGACCAAGCCCUGAGGCUUGCAGAAGUGAUAAAGAUUAAAAAGGAAACAAAAUUUAUAAACUGGAGGCGACUGAAAGAGGAUGGGUCUGUCAAGCUACAAGGGAACAAGAACAGUCUGGGACAGAAAUUAUCAGGCCUGCUCUCCUCAGAUGCUGACAGCAGGAAAGUUGAAGUACUAGACAACCCUCAUGAAAUCCUGAAGAUGUUAAUAGAUUUGGUCAAUGACAAGGAGGAGGCUCUGGCUCACCAGAGGAAGGUCAGCUACAUGCUUGCUCGUGCCAUGGAGCUGAAGGAGGCAGCACAGGAGACACAAGGCCGGUCUCCCUCUGGGCACGGAGGCAAAGCCGUGCAGUCCUGUGUGCCAGCAGCAGUGGGACGGGCGUGCUGCUGUGAUCUGGCUUCUACAAGCAGCCUUUCCUCAGCUCCCAAUGGAAACGGGCUCCAGAACUCGGUUAGAGUGCUUCGAAAAUCACACUCCUGGCCCUCUGAGGCCGUGUGUCGCGAGGAAAGCGAUCCGUGCGGGAAAGCAUACGAAACUGUGGUGAUCUAAGCGUCAGCUGGAAUAAAUUAUUCUUUUCAAGGGGGAAAAAAAAAAAAUAUUUGUGGACAUGUCUUCAAGGCUUACACGGCCGGGGA